AUGCCUAUCUGUAUGAGAUUGGUGGUAUGGAUUUAUUUCGACUUUUGGCCUGUAGGCAAAUUUGGGUUUGAGAGCGGGCUGCUAGGUGUGCUGACACUCAUACUGGCCUUGGAACCUAGCUAUCCUUGGCCAGCGGGGCGUAUUAGCCGUGAGGUACUGUCCAUAUCCGGCUCUGUAUCAGGCGUUUCGCACCUACAAUCCUGCUUGAUUACCUACCCUCUGCGCUCGCGGUACGAGCGAAAUGAUAAAUCAAGGCCGCCCAAUAUUCCGAAAUGGCGUACCGUACGUCGUGCUCGGUUGAGCUAUGGUAGAGAGCUGUUUUACAGAAAGCAUCCGGCUCAGGUCAUAACACCUAUAGCUUCCAGUAGCAGACACUUGAUCAGCAUCGACAGCGCCCGUCUCAGAACCAGAGGCAAAUUCAAAGCGUGUCGACCUUCAAACGCGAUCCCAGCUGUUUCGGAAGCGCGUUACGCGUGCACUCCUCGCGACCAGCCUGGUACGAACGGUACGGUAGCUCCGCCAAUCCACCGGGUCGAUAUGCUACGCAACGCGCCAGAGAACUGUCAGCAUACCUUACCAAGUACAUCUCUCGAACUUGACCACGGUCUAAUCACGUACGAGGAUGCCGCGGACUCUGAAGACAACGUCAUCAACCAGUUGGCAUACUUCAAAAAGACUAAGGAGUUACUCAACCAUCUUUGGGAGCAGAGACGGUCAAUCGAAGCGCUCGUCGCACACCAUCUUGACCUAAGCCAGAAUGAAGCUUGCAUUGUACAAGACCAGCGCACAUGGAUUCGAGGUGGCUUCAAUGCCUGCAUACCAGCUGUAGUGAAGUCUAGGAACGAAACCAGGAAGGUUAUUAUGCGCUGUCCAAUGCCGCACAAGCUCGCUGAAGCUAGAUAUCCUGGGACGGCAGACGAAAAGCUAAGUUGCGAGGUUGGAACAUAUGCAUGGAUGCAGGAAAACUCUCCUAAUGUCCCAAUUCCUCAUUUAUUUGGGUUUGGCUUCUCGAACGGUCGCCAUUACACGCACGCUGUUCAUCGACCUUUCUAUAUCCGUUUUGUCAAUAUCGUCCGGCGAUGUCUCCUCAACUUCUUCCGAUAUCCUCUUGUUUCGCAUUAUACCUCUAACCCAACCGCCUAUAGCCUACACACGGGAUACAUGAUUCUUGAAUUUAUUGGCCCAAGCAGGGGACAGAUGCUCUCCAAUUCAUGGAAAGGGAUUCAAGAAGAUCCAAUUCGGAGGGAAAAAUUUGUUUCGGGACAUCGCUCGUGUUCAUUCCGAUACCAUGAUGACGGCACGGUAUCAUUAUCGAACCGGCCACUCUCCUGCACGACUAUCAUAUUGGAAAAUAAUAGGGCACCGAGGGUAAUCCAGAGGAGCGAUACAUACACAUGCACUGACGCUUUUGUGUCGGAUAUGCUCACAUUCCACGACCAACGCUUCCUCAGCCAGCCAAACGCAGCUUAUGACGAGGAGGACUGCCGUGGUCAAAUGACAGUACACACCCUACUCCGGGCGCUUUCACACCAUUUUAUAAGACGGGAGAGGCGCAAUGGGCCGUUCAUACUGCAGCUUACUGAUUUCCAUGCUAGCAAUAUUUUUGUUGACCAAGAAUGGAACAUCACAGGCCUUAUUGACCUAGAAUGGGUAUGCUCACUACCCAUAGAGAAACUCACAGUGCCCUACUGGCUCACUGGUAGAGGAGUUGACCAGAUAGAGGGAGAGCAUCUUGACGAAUUUAAUGGAGCGCGAGAGGAGUUUAUGCGUAUCUUUGAGGACGAAGAGCAAAAGACAAGAUCGAGCAAACGGCAUGAUAUUUCACUAGCAAUGGCUAUGAAUGACAUGUGGGAAUCAAAAGGAGUGUGGUUUUGGUAUUGUAUAGAAUCGGUGAACGCGAUGUACUCGCUUUUUGAGUGUCAGCUCUGCGAGCGGUUCUCAGGUAGCCUGUCCACAAAAACUGAGGAGUUCGUAUCAAAAUUCUGGUGA